UUGGCGCGGAUUUAGAACCAGCGGAACAGCUCCAACUCUCACUUUACACUCUCGAUUGGGGCUCUCGCAGAGAAGAAACAAAGCCAUGGAAAUCGUUCGUCCUCAGAGUCGCAGGAACUUCUUGUCUUCCUCCUCCGAAGCCGUUUCUGUUCCCACAAUUCCCCUUUACCGCUCUGCUCCCUCAUUCGAAGUUAGACUUGAGGAGUUCGAGUCCUUCGCCAUCGACCGCCUCCGAGUUCUCAAGGGCAUUUCUGAUGGUAUGUCGCGGGGGAAAAAACCGGAAGAAAUGGAAAAUUUGGUAAAGGACCUGUGGAAAGUGAAUAUGAGACACCAAGACGCUUCUGAAGUUCUGAACAAGGAUAUUAUAUCUCAUUUUGCUCUACGUCUUGUGUAUUGCAGAACGGAGGACUUGAGGAAAUGGUUUCUUUCCAUGGAAUCUGCACUCUUUCGGUACCGCUUUCGUCUUCUGAAUGCUGAAGCUCAGAGAGCAGUCAUGGAAGAAUUUGACCUUCCUUACAGGGCCGUUAGCAGUGUGGAAUUUGAGAGCAUAAAGGAGAAAUUGGGACAAGUUGCACGGUCUACGGGUCAACCUUCACCCACUGCUGAUGCUAUCUUCUACAAGGUACCCUUUGAAGAAGUUCCAGAGCUUGUGGCUGGGCGGAAAGUAUUAAUUAGUCAAGGAUAUGCAUAUGUUGCAAUGAAUCAGAUUGUUUCACUUGUAGCCACACUAUUCCGCAGUCAGCUAUCAAAGACACUCAUCCUUACAAACAGAAAAUGGACAUCUUCAGUUCGAGAACAAGAGAAACAUAGGUUGACUCCUAUUGUGGAAGCCAUGUGUGCAAGUUAUUUGGGUCCUGACUAUUCUCAGUCAAGAGAAUGUGCUGAUAUAUCACUAAAGGACAUUGAUCAAGUCGCCAAGAGCUCAUUUCCUUUAUGCAUGCGUCACCUAUUUGAAAAGCUGAAAGAGGAUCAUCAUUUAAAGCAUGGAGGGAGGAUGCAACUAGGCCUCUUUCUCAAGGGUGUUGGCUUGAAUCUGGAUGAUGCACUUGCUUUUUGGAGGGCAGAGUUCUCUAAAAGGGUUGGUUUGGAGAAGUUUGAGAAACAGUACGCAUACGGCAUACGUCAUAAUUUUGGAAAGGAAGGGAAGAGAACAGAUUAUUCUCCCUAUUCUUGUACAAAGAUCAUCUCAUCGACUCCUGGAACGGGAGAUCAUCAUGGUUGUCCCUAUCGACAUUUCAGCGAGGAGAAUCUAAGAGCUGCUCUCAGCAGAAUGGGGGUAAACAGUAGAGCAAUGGAAGAUGUGAUAGACAAAGCGAGAAAUAGACAUUACCAGUUGGCUUGCACUUUGACAUUUGAAGCUCUUCAUGGCAUGCCGUGUGAUGCAGGGAUUAACCAUCCAAAUCAAUACUUCAGUGACAGCAGAAAGAUUUUACAUUCAAAGAAUCCUUCAGCCUAGAGUUUUUUGGUUAGUGCAGAAGAUUGCUGCGGCGGCCCUUCUCAGGCGUUUAGUUGGUGCUUAUACUCGUGGACUGAGAGACAAUGUGGUAAAAUCUUUAUGUAUCUUCCAAAGCAGUUCAAUGGAAGGAGUUGGAAUUCUCUUAGUGUAUCAUCUUGGAAGUCUGGUUGAAAGAGCUGCACGACUAGAUAUUCUUUCUAGUAUAAUUUUUAUCUGUGUAGCCAAACCCUUGAAUCGCCUGUAUGUUAAUUUAGGUAGGUGUAAAAUGAAAAGUGUAUAGUACGAAAACGUCACCCUUAGGUAGGGGAAUCAUUCAAGAAAAGGUAGCUGCAAUCAGCAUUUGAUAUGAUGCCAUUAAUAUUCGAACUUCCAGUUAAUUACUAAAAUAUAAAUGACUUGGAUUAUAGCUGCA